CUCGGUGGGAAAGGUGCUGGGGUGGGCACAGUCAGAUUGCUCUGAUUCACUUGCUCAAGGCCGCUUCUCAUUUGCAUUCGGUUGUAUGUACUUUAUUUCGUCUCCGGCAUGGCUUUUCCUCGAGGGUUUUAGAUAUCUACUUUGGUUACACUGCUUUCCGUCCGGGUCAUAUGGAAAUGUCCACCCUCAUAUUUUCUGGCGUUGUUUUUGUAUACUACUACUACUACUACUACUGCUACAUGGUUAAGAAAUCCAAGAUUACCUUUUAUUUCAGGCUACGUCCUAAUGAUUCAGUACCAGGUUGAUGU